AUGAAGCAUUCAACAUUACAGAGACCGCGUUCUCUUCUUAUUCUUCUUGUCGUUAUAGCAUUGUCUUCAGUGACCACUGCAUCUGCUACCAACUUGGGUCCUGUCACCAUACCAAUACCUAACGGACGUGAUCACUUUGCCAAUCUUACGCAAAUUCCUUACAACAAAAGGCACAGCGCUUUCUGGUUGACAACCAAUCAAAAUGUCACAGUGGCUGUAGCCAGAGAGGUGGAUGAGAAGCAAAAACUUCAGACAGUAGGAUUGACUGCAUUGCAGUUUGGAUGCCAGGUCGCAGCCACGAACGGAGGUCCGUUCAACGCCGAUGGGUCGAAUUCGGGUCCAGUCGUGAUUCAAGGAAGACUGGUAGGGACAAACGCUCCAACUGAUUUUGUUGGUUUUGGAACGACUGUCAAUGGAGAAUACCUAUUUGGAAACUACCACGAUUUUGAUGAUGAUCGGAUUUGGGAGUUUGUGACAGGUUUCGGAUGGCUUGUUUACAAUGGCACCUCUGUCGUGAUUUCCAAUGAAGAUGAUAAACGGGCCCCAAGAACAAUUGUUGGUGUAGAUAAGAAUGACAAUUUGAUAUCAUUGGUGAUAGACGGGUGCGAGAGGUGCUUUUCUUACAACGGAAUGACUCUACACGAAGCUUCAAUAUUCUUGCAAGAUAGGGGAGCCAAAUAUGCUAUCAGUUUGGAUGGUGGAAGUUCAUCAACCUUUGUAUCACAAUUGCGAGUCGCGAACCAGCCAACUUGUACAGGCUUACCAAUUGUAUGUGAGCGACCAGUGGCGACAGCUAUCUGUAUAUCGGAUCGCAAGAAUAGUGAUGUACUAGAAGUGCAGUGA